CCACAAACAGCCGCGCACACACACACGCACACGCGUCCCGCUCGCCUCCCUCCAGCCUCCCUCGCUGCGCGGCCGCUCGCUCCCUCUCGCACGCACCGCCAGGGCGAAGCCGUCGGCACGCUCCGCGGCGGCGGCACCGGCACCGGCACCGGUCGCGCAAGAGGCAAGAGUUUGCGAAGGCGGCCGCGUGCCUUCCCGAAGAGGCUUUGCGCCCAGAGGAUGGCUGGCUGCGGGCUGUCGGAAGACGCUUGCUUCUCCUCCUUCUUUUACAACUACACCUCCUCCUGGGAGACCUCCUUCAACCAGUGUGCUGCUCUGGUUGGCGAAGACCAGCCUCUUUGCCCAGAUCUCCCAGAACUUGACCUCUCCGAACUAGAUGUGAACGACCUAGAUGCAGACAGCUUUCUGGGGGGACUCAAGUGGUACAGUGACCAGUCAGAGAUCAUCUCCAAUCAGUACAACAAUGAACCCACCAAUAUAUUCGAGAAGAUAGACGAAGAGAGCGAGGCAAACUUGCUAGCCGUUCUCACUGAAACACUGGACAGCAUCCCUGUGGAUGAGGAUGGAUUGCCUUCAUUUGAUGCACUGACAGAUGGAGAUGUGACCAAUGAAAAUGCCGCUAGCCCUUCCCCAAUGCCCGACGGCACCCCUCCAUCUCAGGAGGCAGAAGAGCCGUCUCUACUUAAGAAGCUCUUGCUGGCUCCAGCCAACACUCAGCUAAAUUACAAUGAAUGCAGUGGUCUCAGCACGCAAAACCAUGCAAACACUAAUCACAGGAUCAGAACAAGCCCUGUGGUUGUUAAGACUGAGAAUUCAUGGAGCAAUAAAGCGAAGAGCAUUUGUCAACAGCAAAAGCCUCAAAGACGUCCCUGCUCUGAACUUCUCAAAUAUCUGACUACAAAUGAUGACCCUCCUCAGACCAAACCAGCAGAGAACAGGAACAGCAGCAAAGAGAAAUGCACCUCCAAAAGGAAGCCCCAUCUGCAGUCUCAGACAAAUCAUCUGCAAGCCAAACCAACAAGUUUAUCACUUCCAUUGACGCCCGAGUCACCAAAUGAUCCCAAGGGUUCCCCAUUUGAGAACAAGAAUAUUGAACAAACCUUAAGUGUGGAACUCUCUGGAACUGCAGGCCUAACUCCACCUACGACCCCUCCUCAUAAAGCCAACCAGGAUAAUCCUUUCAGGACUUCACCUAAGCCGAAGUCAUCAUGCAAGACUGUUGUACCACCUUCAAAAAAGCCCCGCUAUAGUGAGCCUUCCGAUUCUCAAGGAAAUAACCCAAUAAAGAAGGGUCCAGAACAGUCUGAGCUGUACGCACAGCUUAGCAAGACUACAGUACUGUCCAGUGGACAUGAGGAGAGAAAGACAAAACGGCCCAGUUUGCGGCUGUUUGGUGACCAUGACUACUGUCAAUCUGUGAAUUUGAAAUCGGAAAUACACAUUAAAAUAUCCCAGGAACUUCAGGACUCCAGACAACUAGAAUUUAAGGAUUCUUCACCUGGGUGGCAGUGUCAGAUUUGUUCUUCUUUAGAACAAGACCAGUAUUUCAAGAAAGAGACUUUACAGACAAGUAAGCAGGGAUCCCACAGUAAUAACAGAAAACAGCUCCAAGACCAGGAAAUUCGGGCUGAACUGAAUAAGCAUUUUGGUCACCCCAGCCAAGCUGUUUUUGAUGAAGAAGCAGAUAAGACCAGAGAACUAAGGGACAGUGAUUACAGUAAUGAACAAUUCUCCAAACUACCUAUGUUUAUAAAUUCAGGACUAGCAAUGGAUGGUCUCUUUGAUGACAGUGAAGAUGAAAGUGAUAAACUAUGCUACCCUUGGGAUGGGACACAAGCCUAUUCAUUAUUUGAUGUAUCGCCUUCUUGCUCUUCCUUUAACUCUCCAUGCAGAGAUUCAGUGUCUCCACCCAAAUCCUUAUUUUCUCAAAGAUCCCAAAGGACGCGCUCUAGAUCGAGGUCCUUUCCUCAACGCAGGUCUUGUUCCCGUUCUCCAUAUUCCCGAUCGAGAUCAAGGUCGCCCUGUAGUAGAUCCUCUUCCAGAUCUUGUUGCUGUUAUGAGUCCAGCCACUGUAGACACCGAGCAUACAGAAGUUCUCCCUUACGUGCAAGAUCGCGAUCCAGAUCACCAUACAGUCGUAGACCCAGAUAUGACAGCUAUGAGGAAUAUCAGCAUGAAAGGCUGAAGAGGGAAGAAUACCGCAAAGAGUAUGAAAAACGGGAAUCUGAAAGGGCCAAACAAAGGGAAAGACAGAGGCAGAAAGCAAUUGAAGAACGUCGUGUGAUUUAUCUCGGUAAAAUCAGACCUGACACAACCCGAACAGAACUGAGGGACCGGUUUGAAGUUUUUGGUGAAAUUGAGGAGUGCACAGUAAAUUUGCAGGAUGAUGGAGACAGCUAUGGUUUCAUCACCUACCGCUAUACUUGUGAUGCCUUUGCUGCUCUUGAAAACGGAUACACUUUACGCAGGUCAAAUGAACCUGACUUUGAGCUAUACUUCUGUGGACGCAAGCAAUUUUGCAAGUCUAACUAUGCAGACCUAGAUUCAAACUCAGAUGAUUUUGAUCCUGCUUCCACUAAAAGCAAGUAUGACUCCAUGGAUUUUGAUAGUUUACUUAAAGAGGCACAGCGGAGCCUGCGUAGGUAACAUGCAUCACACCUGAGGAAAACGGAGGGAUGGCGAAUACCUCACGGACAUCACGUCCUUCAAUAAUGGACAAUUUAAAAGUCAUACUUAGGAAUUUCUCCUACUUUACACUCUCUGUUCAGAACCAUGGUUUACAUGAACACAGCUGCUCGACGAGGGGAGAAGCAGGAUGGCUGUCCAGUAAGCACACGCAUGUCCAUGGGUGUCAGCUUUGCUUUCGCGGGUGAUCGCUGGCAGGGGAGCUGGGCGUUCCUUGCGAGUUCAAUGCAAACCACGAGACAUGGCAGCAGUUCCACAGAGAUACACGUACAACGAUGAACUGCGAAAUCUGUACAUACUGCAUUUUAACAAAAAAAGAACAAAAACAAACGAACAAAAAAAAUUUUGAGAACUAUGGCUGCUGAUGUCUGGGACUCAGACACUGCUUUUUUUUUUUUAAAAAACGAAGCUUCUUCUCACAACACAGUGAUAAUAUGACAAUCCAGAAGAAACCACAGGUCCCAGAAGCCUACAAUCUCUUUUAGCUUUGUUUUAAGAUUUUUCUUUUCUUUGGAUUUUUUUUUGUGAUUUUUUUUUUCAGUCCCUGUAGCAGAGAAAAUGAAAGACUUGAGCUUCCCUAACAUUUUGAAGUUUCAUCUUUUAAUUCUGACACCCAUGUAAAUGUCUACAACGUUGAUCUUCCACAGCAAAAUUUUCAAAGCCUUGUUAAUGGUCAAAUGUGCAGCUUGUUCAGCGAUUUAUUCUAAUGAGCGGACGUGGUGUUACAUUAUUAAUGAGAGUUGGAUAUGACUAUCUGGAUGUGUGCACAGAUAGUUUAUUUGCUACAUUCUCUAAAGUAGUUGAGUAUUUACGAAUGUUAAAUGGAGUAUUUUUAUUUAUGUACAUACUGUAUGACGACGUUCUUUUUUGUUACAGCUAUGCACUACAAAUGCAGCCUUCUUUUCAAAAACUGCUGAAUUUUUCUUAAGAAUACUCAAAUGUAAUUAUAUGAGGUGAAACAAUUACUGUACACUAACAUAUGUAGAAAGCUGAACUUAACGCUUAUAUAUAUUUGAUUGUAAAAAAAAGAGAGAAAAGCGUGUGGGUGAGGGUGUGCGUGUGUUUAUGUGCGCGCGCGUGUGUCUGAGUGCAAAAAUGCUUUACACACAUUCAUCCCUUCUUUGGUGAGCUUAUAUAAGAGUUUUGUCAGGAAUUGUCCUAGCCCAAAAGGUAUUAACCACUUCUGCAGUAUUUUUCCGCAUUUUUCUCAUUGCUUGAUUUUCUUUUGCAGUUUUAUACACUGAAUUUGUUAGGGGAAUGAAAUUUUCUCAUCUAAAUUUUUCUAGGAGAUAUCAUAAUUUUAUGUAAAGUCUCUCAAAAGGGUAAUCAUUAAGAAAUGUUUUUAUUUUAUGUAUCAACAGUAGUUUUGGAACUAGAGGUCAAAAAUCUUUUUAAAAUGCUAUUUUGUUUUAAUUUUUGUGAUUUUAAUUUGAUAAAAAUAUGCUGAGGUACUAAGUACAGUAUGAUUUUUACAGUAAUUCUGUGUCUAAACACUGUUCUUGAAGCCAGUAAUCUUUUCAUUGGCAGAGUUUAAUGAUGGUAUUUAUCUAUAUUUUUUACAGUUAUGCAUCCUGUAUAAAGACCGAUCCUUCAUUCCUUUGUUUACUAAAGAGACAUAUUUAUCAGUUACAAUUAUCCUAUUUAUUAUAAAUUAUGAGAUGACUAAAAUAAUAAAAAGGCCAGUGGAAAUUUUAUACCUAGGAUGCAUGACGGUUGUCAGUUUGGAGUAAGCGCUUCGUUUGGAAAUUCAGCUUUUGCAGAAGCAGUGGGUUGUGUUUUUUUUUUUCUUUUUUUACUAUGCACUAGCAUGGCCUCAGAUGUGCCCAUGACAUUGUUGCUGAUGACAUUGCUUCUGCUAAAUUAAAUAGGAACUUCAGGAAAGAAAAAAACCACAAGAGUAAACUACUGCUAUUCUGAGCAUCAGAAUUUCAUCUGAACUCGGAGUCUCUAGACUGAAUCAGCAAAGUUUGGAAUUUGCUUGCGAAUGUAUAGAUUUGGUAUUCUAUUACUGUUUGGCAUUCAUGACUCCUCUUAAAGGUAUGGCACACCUAACUAUUUAAUCUCCUUUCCCACUCCCAAUCUUAGAAAACCGAUUCCACCCCCAUGCCAGUGCAGUUGAUUUUGAUGGCUGCAUUCAUUUUAUCACCAGCAUAUUGUGUUCUGAGAGAUUCCACUGUCUGUCCUGUCGGAUGCUUGCUUGAUUUUUUGGCUUCUUCUUUCUCAGUAGAUAGAUAGCAAUAAAAAAAAAAAAAAAAGAACUUUUUCAGAGGUUCUGUGUUACGACUGUAACAUUCUUUAAUCUGCAUAAUUCUUGUUGUUGCUCUGUAGGUUAAAAAUGCAGGUAUUUUAACUUUGUGUGAAUGCCAAACUAAAAGUUUACAAUUUUCAUUUCUGGAUUUUGAGUAUCUUCUGUUGUAAAGAAAAAUAUUAAAAGCAAUAAAUUAUUUUUAAGAAAUCAA